AUGGCUUUCAUGGAUACUUUUAUACCAUUAAUUCAAUUUAUUAGUGGUUUAUAUUUUUUAACAAUUAACUAUAUUUUUAAGUUGAUAAAUUAUUUAAUAAAUUUUGAGUAUGUCUCAAAACCAAAUGAUCAGUUACUUCUUAUCAGUGCAACACAGGCUGCAGAAUUGAUAAGAAAUAAAGAAAUUACAGCAACAGAGUUACUUAAUGCUUAUCUUGAUAGAAUUGAAAUUAUUGAUAGUGUUAUAAAAGCUGUCGUUGUCAAACAUUUUGACACAGCAAAAGUAAAAGCUGCACAAAUUGAUAAUUAUCUUUCAAAUAUUGAUAUAAAUUCUGAGGAAUAUAAAAAUUUGAAAUAUACCAAACCACUUUUGGGUGUACCGUUUACAUUGAAGGAUUCAAUUUCUUUAAAAGGUUCAGUUUUGUCAUGUGGUAUGGUAUGUAGAAAAGAUAGUGUUGCAGAGAGUGAUGCUAUUGUUGUACAGAGAAUGAAGGAUGCUGGAGCUAUUGCUCUUUGUAUAACUAAUGUUCCUGAAGUUUGUAUGUGGUGGGAAUCUGUCAAUAAAAUUUAUGGUAGAUCAUCAAAUCCAUAUGAUAAUCGUCGUAUUACUGGUGGUUCCUCUGGUGGAGAAGCUGCUUUAAUUGCAAGUGCUGGAAGUAUAAUUGGUCUUGGAAGUGAUAUUGGUGGAAGUAUACGUAUGCCAAGUUUCUUUAAUGGUGUUUUUGGAUUAAAACCAACUCCAGGAGUUGUACCAAUUGAUGGACAUUAUCCUAUGCCAAUAGGUUUUAGAACUGAAAUGCUUACAAUUGGACCUAUAUGUAGGUAUGCAAAAGAUUUAACAUUAAUGUUAAGUGUUCUUACUGGUGAUCUCGGUGAAAGUCAAUUAAAAUUAAAUGCCCCAAUAAAUAUUAGAAAAACAAAAAUUUUUUAUAUGGAAGGUUUAAAUCAUCCAACAAUUGAAAAUGUAUCAUCAGAAAUGAAAGAAACAUUAAGAAAAGCAGUUAAAUAUUUUGAAAAAAAAUAUGACAUUCAUACAUAUAAAAUUGAUUUUAAUUUAUCUAAAUAUGCUAUGGAAUAUUUUUUUGCAUCAAUGGAUGUUGAGGGAGCAGAUAAAUUUGGAAAGAUUAUUCUUGAUGGUAAAGGUGAACUUGAUGUUGGAUCAGAAUUUUUAAGUAGUUUAGUUGGCCAAUCAAAUCACACAUUACCAGCACUUGUCACAGCUGCUCUCGAUAAUUUUGGUUUAUUUUCUGAAAAAAGAAAGAAAAAUUUAUAUGCUAAAAGGGAUAAAUUAAAAAAAGAAAUUACAAAUUUACUUAAAGAUGAUGGAAUUUUAUUGUUUCCUAGUUUUCCAACAACUGCCCCAUAUCAUAAUCAACCAUUAUUUACUCCAUUCAAUUUUAGUUAUACAGCUCUUUGGAAUGUCCUAGGUCUUCCUGUUGUUCAAUGUCCUAUGGGUUUAACUAGAAGUAUUAAUAAUCCAGGAGGAGUACCUUUAGGUGUUCAAGUUAUAGGAUCUCCAAAUUCUGAUGCUUUAUUAAUAGCUAUAGCUAAAGAUCUUGAAGAUGGUUUUGGAGGAUGGGUUUUACCAAAUUAA